UAAUAAUAAAAUAAUUGUACAUUCUUAAAGUGCUUACCUGAAAAGGCGUCCUUCUUGAAGUUCGCGCGUGACUCUUCACAAGUUGUGGUCGUGUUACCAUAGCAACCACCGGAAGGAGCUCAAUCAACUACUUUGAAAAGUAACACAAAAAAAACCGAUUGGAAUUAUUAACAAGAGUCCGCCUUAAAACUUGAACACUGCCCGUGUGAACUAUCAGUGUUCAUAAUGGCGUCCUUGUUAUGUGUUCGAGUGUAUGAUGGCAGCCAUGAAGUUCCGUGACAGGAACGACACUCUCGUUGAUGUCAUGAAGGACCGACAGGAGCAACAACAUCUAGUGGGGAUACUCCAGGAGCGGAAACAGAAGUUGGAGAGUUUGCAAAUGCGUGAAGUGGAGCUGCUCAAGGAAGCAAAGAAGGCCAAAGAUCUACUGUCAAGCUUUAAUACCUUUCCAAAGGAGCAAGAUGCUGAUGAAAACAUGAAGAAAGCUGAGAAGGAGAAGAAAGAAGCAAGUGAGAAAGAGACUGAGGUGAAGAUGCUACAAGAGGAGUAUGCCCACCUGCAGCAUAUGAAACAGCAGCUCCUGCAUCACAUGCACAGAGACACUGUGUAUAAGAACUUCAUGAAGCAGGUGGUGAAAAUAACACAGUUUGAAGACGAGGCAUCUCUCGCAGGUCAGCUGGAGAGUCUUCUCCGCAUCCGAGAACAGCUGUGUGAGAAGCAGAGGCAAGACGAGGAGCAGGUGGACCACCACAGGAAAUCCCUGCUAGCUUUUAACAGCCAGCAUCACUUGAUGCUUCUGCACAACAGCAACCAACUGUCACAGCUCCAUCGCAAACUGGAGAGGGCCCAACCUGAAGUGGAACAUUGGGAGACAAUGUGGAAACAUAUCCAGGACACAGCAGCCAAGGAAACGCUCCUGCUGGGCUUGAUCAAGAUGGCGACGCUCAACCUCUAUGAGUCGACAGGCGGCGUUGUGGAGGGAGAAAAAGGUGUGGCUCUGGGUGACACUGAGACACAACUGGACAAGAUCAAGAUGUUCAUCCAGGACCACAAAGACAUUGUCAAAUUACACCAAAGUACCACACAUAGCAACAACACAGAACAUAACACUGUAACUUUAUGAAAACAUUAUUGUGACUGUAUUUGCCUCCAUAGGUUUUCCAAUAUAAAGUGAAAACUGUGUACUUGUAUGGAAGUAGAAUUGUCUCACUUAUAUCAACUUAUACAUACCAACAUGUUAUAAAUACAUACGCAUAUAUUAAUAAAUAUACAAAUACAAGUGUGAUAUACAAAUAAAUCAUUUGUAUAAAUAAAUGCAUAUUUGUAAAUAUAUUUUUGAGAUUUGAAAAUAUAUACAAAUAAA